GGACCCCGCGGACUUCCGAGGCGCCACCUGCGCUGAUAAAGGCACGUGGGUGCGCGGGGCUCUCCUGACGUCAGGCGAGUUUGAUUAUUUUAAACAGAACAAGAUGGCGGAUAAGAGCGGCUUGAGGAAUCGGACUCAUUCAGAGCAUAACUGCAAGAGACCUGUCUUCGCCCAAGAUGAGCGUGGUGUGGAAGACAUACUCCCCUGGGGUGCUGGGGAGGGGGCAGCGGCACCCCCUAUCUGCAAGCAGGAGCCUGUGCAAGACGCGAUCGGACCGGUCCAGAUCGUGGUGACGGAUGAGGACGAGCACCGCUUCGAGCUGGACGAGGCCGCCCUGGAGCGCAUCCUCAUGCAGAAGCACGUGCGGGACCUGGAUGUGGUGGUGGUGUCCGUGGCCGGGGCCUUCCGCAAGGGCAAGUCCUUCCUGCUGGACUUCAUGCUGCGCUACAUGUAUAACCAGAGAUCAAGUUCCUGGCUGGGUGGAAAUGAGGAACCUCUGACUGGAUUCACCUGGAGGGGGGGCUGUGAGAGGGAGACGACGGGUAUACAAGCGUGGAGUGAAGUGUUCGUGGUGGACAAACCAGAUGGGAGCAAGGUUGCUGUUCUGCUGUUAGACACUCAAGGGGCGUUUGAUAGCCAAUCGACCAUCAAAGAUUGUGCCACGGUGUUCGCAUUGAGCACCAUGACCAGCUCUGUUCAGGUUUACAACUUGUCUCAGAAUAUACAAGAAGAUGAUCUUCAGCACCUUCAGCUCUUCACAGAAUAUGGCCGCUUGGCGAUGGAGGAAGUUGAUGGGAAGCCCUUUCAGACCCUGAUGUUCCUAAUAAGGGACUGGAGCUACCCGUAUGAGCACUCCUACGGCUUGGAGGGAGGCAGCUCCUUCUUGGAGAAGAGGCUCCAGGUCAAGCAGAACCAACAUGAGGAGCUGCAGAAUGUCAGGAAGCACAUUCACUCCUGCUUCUCCACCAUCGGCUGCUUUCUGCUGCCACACCCAGGCCUCAAGGUCGCCACCAACCCCCAGUUUGAUGGCAGGUUGAUUGAUAUUGAUGUGGACUUUAAGAAGGAACUGGAGAACCUUGUACCUUUUCUGUUAUCCCCGAAGAAUCUGGUCGUGAAGGAGAUCGGAGCAUCUAAAGUGACCUGCCGGCAUCUCGUUGAGUAUUUCAAGGCCUACAUCAAGAUAUAUCAAGGGGAGGAGCUUCCUCAUCCCAAAUCCAUGUUGCAGGCAACGGCUGAAGCCAAUAACCUUGCAGCUGUUGCUGGGGCAAAAGACAGCUACAAUAAAAGCAUGGAGGAGGUCUGCGGUGGAGACAAGCCGUACAUCGCCCCCGCCGACCUGGAGCGCAAGCACGAGGAGUUCAAGAAGUUCUCCAUCAAGCAGUUCUGCUCGGUGAAGAAGAUGGGCGGCCAGGAGUUCUGCCGGCGCUACCAGGAUCAACUGGAGAGUGAGCUCGACGAGGUCUACGCCAACUUCACCAAACACAAUGACAGCAAGAACAUCUUCUACGCGGCGCGCACGCCUGCCACGCUCUUCGCGGUCAUGUUCGCCAUGUACAUCAUCUCGGGAGUGACUAGUAUCGUGGGCUUGAACACUAUAGCGUCCCUCUGUAACCUGGUGUUGGGCGUGGCGCUCAUCUCCCUCUGCCUGUGGGGCUACGUCAAGUACUCAGGGGAGUUCCGGGAGCUGGGGACGGUCAUCGACCAAGUUGCAGAGACGCUCUGGGAACAGAGGACGCCUAGAAAGGUCUUUUCCAAACUAUUUGAGGUGGCAAGGAGUCGUGUCACAGGAAACACUUUUGUACCAGCACACAGAAAGAGACUCUCCUCAAACAACAAUAUCAAGAAGAGGAAAUAGCAUCAUCUGUACUCUGUUUUAGUUUGUUUUUUCUUUUCGUUCACUAUCCGUGCUGGCCGCUAUUAAAUCUAACGUGUGCCUGGUUCACUCCCAGGUACAAAACAGGUUGGCAUUUCUCAGAGGUUUUCUUUUCCUGUUAUGCAAGGGGGGCGUUUGGGGGUGGGUGACCUGUUUGCCUAGUCGCAUUUUUGCAUCUUUUCAGUUGCCGACGUUUGCUUCUGCAUUCUGGCGUUUUGUGUGCAUCGUUUUAUAUUCGUUUGAUUUCUACAUUCCCAGCUGGCCCUGUGUCCUGCCUGCCUCUCAUUCCCUGUCUUCCCAUCUCACAUCCAUCUUUACAGGUGUUGAAGCCCUUGAGCGAUCACUUUAUGGAGGAUAACAUUAGGCAGACUGUGGCAAACUCCAUCAAGGCCAGUCUGACUGAGCAGGUGACCCAGCACACCAAGUUGAAGGCCACCUGAUUGGGCGCUUAGAGUGCUGAACACGAACUGAGGAACUGCAAACCAAAGUUUACACUUUUACUGUAGAUAGCUCACCUGGCUUCCAAUCACUGAGUACCGGAAGGGAGUCGUCACCUGUCCCACCCCAGCUUCUUUAUCCUGUCAAAUGUGAUGUCUUGCAGUCCAGUAUUCCUGCCCUCCCCCAAGCAGUUUAGAAAUUAUGGGCUGUUUUAAGGCCCUCCCCUGCCAUCCUCAUGUUCCAUCAUGAGUUGUUGUUUCUUUGGUUACGUUCAAUGGAAUUUCAGGGAAAUGCAGCAGCCUGACUGCCCCAUCUAGUGGCCCGUCACUCUACAGUCUCCGUAGCAACACUGGUGUCUGCGGCGGUUACCACUUAGAAGCAGAGAAGUGAUUGAGCCACUGUGGUUUUACACGAGCUGAAAUCCUGUAGUAUCCCUGUGCCAGUAUUAAUCAUUGCAUGCUAGCAGAUUUACACAGUGCACGCACACAAGUAGGUUAAGUGGUCGUAGCCAGGGGGAAUCUGAACUGUACAAUGCCUUGCCUUUCCCACCUAAACCUACAUAUCUACCCUAAAAUGAUGAAAACUGUUCAAAAUGUUUCUUUCUGUAAUAUAUAGUACUUAUACUCAUUUCUGCCAAUCUUUUUAUGUUUGGAAUUCCAUCCAGAAAUCUCAAAGCGCAAUUUUGUACAGUUUAGAUGGUAAUUUCUUUUUUAAAGUCCGAUCGAACAGCAUGUAUACGAGAUUAGUUUUGUAGCUUUAUUUGUGGAGCAGUGGAUCAAUGCUAGGCUGAAGACCAGUUUGUCAGGGAAUGUUCUGUGGUUGUGUACAUCAGGUUGCGUUUAUUUUUUUUAUUUUAAGUAUAUUUGUUAAAAAAUAAAAAUAAAAAAAAAACCUUCCUUUUGAGCACCGCAAUUCUGCCCCUUCAUGCAAAAGAUUUUUGGAUUUUUAGUCUGUCUUCUGUUGCAAUUUAAAGGUAUUUUCUGUAAUUUAUUUUUCAAUACAAGAUUAAAACUACUACAUUCAAAGUCUGUGCACCUGUAUAUGAAUGUUUAUAUUUGGGGGGCGGGGUCUGAAAGCUGUUUAAAAUGUUAAUGAUUAAAAUCUAAAUGAGUCACUCUGAAA